AUGUCCAGCGCUGUCCUCCCUCAGAAGCGGGUGCUCGCCGAGGCAGGCACUCGCCAGAACAUCCCAUCCAGCCCGACCUCGGCCAAGAAACGCAGGACCGACGUUUUUUCCUCGUCUCCCGCUCCUCGUUUUGCUGGGUCCCAGAGAGACCCGCGGGCCAAACUCGGGUCGAGCCAACCCAAGAGCGCAUUCGAGUCCGAGGUGCUGGAAAAGCUCAGCCAGGACAUCUCGGACCUCAAGCGGAACAAUACCGAAAAGGACCAGGUAUGGGAGCGGCCGGCUGUCGAGUUUGCGCCGGAGCGGGAUAGUCUCUGCUUCCAGUCGAUUGAUGCCGAGGAGGGCACGCUGCACGGUGGCAAAACGACGGUGAAGCUGUUUGGCGUCACCGAACAGGGCUACUCCGUCAUGCUUCAUGUCACCGACUUCAAGCAUUACCUCUACGUUGCGGCCCCCGUCAUGUUCAAGGCCCAGGACACGGCUGCCUUCAAGGCGUACCUCGAAACCCAGCUUGCUCAGCAUCAGCCGGCGAUUCACUCCAUCACUAUGUGCCCGCGAGAAAGCAUAUACGGCUUUCAGGGCAACAAGCAAGGCCACUUCCUCAAAAUCACCGUCACCGACCCCAAAUUCAUCCCCAAGGUUCGGUCGACGAUUGAAAACGGACAGGCAGACUGGAAGGGCUUGUGGAAGGCGCGCGAUAAUGGCAUCAUGACGUACGACAACAUCCAGUACGUCCUACGAUUCAUGGUCGACUGUCAUAUCCAAGGCAUGGCAUGGGUCGAGGCCCCAUCGAGCAGGUACAAGCUCAUUCCGGCGCACAGCCGACAGUCCAACUGCCAGAUCGAGGCCGAAAUCUGCUAUCUCGAUCUCAUAGCCCACAAGCCGGACGGAGAAUGGGCCAAGAUGGCACCGCUGCGGAUCUUGUCGUUUGAUAUCGAGUGCGCCGGUCGAAAGGGAAUCUUUCCCGAGGCCAACCAAGAUCCGGUCAUCCAGAUUGCCAACGUCGUCACACGAUACGGAGAGAAGAAACCAUUCAUUCGAAACGUCUUCUGCCUCGACACCACGAGUCCCAUUGUGGCCACCCACAUCUUGGAGUUUGAGAAGGAGGACAAGAUGCUGAGUGCCUGGCAGCAGUUCCUGCUCAAGGUCGACCCCGACAUCAUCAUCGGCUACAACACGUCCAACUUUGAUUUCCCCUACCUUCUCGACAGAGCGAAGCACCUCAAGGUCAACGGUUUCGAGUACUGGACUCGCAUCCCUAGCGUCGCGUCCAAGGUGCGGGAGGCCAACUUUUCGAGCAAGCAGAUUGGCAACCGCGAGACCAAGGAAACCAACACAAACGGUCGCUUGCAGCUGGACCUGCUGCAGCUGAUCCAGCGCGAUCAUCACCUGCGCAGCUACACCCUGAACUCGGUCUGUGCGAACUUUCUGGGCGAGCAGAAGGAAGACGUGCACCACACGAUGAUUACGGAGCUCUUCAACGGAACGCCCGAGUCGAGACGUCGGCUAGCGUUGUACUGCCUCAAGGACGCGUACCUGCCGCAGAGGCUGAUGGACAAGCUGUCGUGCCUCGAAAACUACACGGAAAUGGCGAGGGUCACGGGCGUGCCGUUCAACUUUCUCCUCUCGCGCGGUCAGCAGAUCAAAUUCAUCAGCCAGCUGUUCCGAAAAGCUCUGGAGCAGAAGCUCGUCAUCCCCAAUCUCAAGUCGCAGGCCUCGGACGAGCAGUACGAGGGUGCGACGGUCAUCGAGCCCACCCGCGGCUACUACGACGUGCCCAUCGCGACGCUCGAUUUCGCCUCCCUCUAUCCCAGCAUCAUCCAAGCGCACAACCUGUGCUACACGACGCUGCUGGACAAGAAGCUCAUCGAGCCUUUCGGCCUGAAGAAGGAUGAGGACUACAUCGUGACGCCGAACGGGGAUCUCUUCGUGACGACGAAGCAGAGGAAAGGGCUGCUGGCCCAGAUCCUGGAGGAGCUGCUGACGGCGCGAAAGCAGGCCAAGCGCGAGCUGGCGCAGGAGACGGACCCGUUCCGGAAGGCCGUGCUGAACGGUCGCCAGCUGGCUUUGAAGAUCAGCGCCAACAGCGUGUACGGGUUGACGGGCGCGACGACGGGCAAGCUUCCUUGCCUGCAGAUCGCCAGCAGCACGACGAGCUUCGGACGGCAGAUGAUUGAGAGGACGAAGCUCGAGGUGGAGCAAAAGUACAACAUCGCCAACGGCUACAGCCACGACGCCCAGGUCAUCUACGGCGACACCGAUUCGGUCAUGGUCAAGUUCGGCACCAAGGAGCUCGCGGAAGCGAUGAAGCUCGGCGAGGAGGCGGCCCAGUACGUGUCGUCCAAGUUUGUCAAGCCCAUCAAGUUGGAGUUUGAAAAGGUGUACUUUCCGUACCUCCUCAUCAACAAGAAGCGGUACGCCGGCCUGUACUGGACGAGCACGGAAAAGUACGACAAGAUGGACACCAAGGGCAUCGAGACGGUACGACGAGAUAACUGUCUCAUGGUGCAGACCGUCAUCGAGAAGGUGCUGAGGAUGAUCUUGAUCGACCGGGAUGUGCAAGGCGCCCAAGAUUAUGUCAAGGAAACGAUUGCCGACCUCCUGCAGAACAAGAUUGACAUGUCCAAGCUGGUCAUCACCAAGGCGCUCACCAAGGACGACUACGCGGCCAAGCAGGCGCACGUGGAGCUCGCGCAUCGGAUGAAGAAGCGCGACGCCGGCUCGGCACCCGGCCUCGGCGACCGCGUGGCCUACGUCAUGGUUCGAGGAGCGGCGGGAGCGAAAAACUUUGAAAAGUCCGAGGACCCCAUCUACGUGCUGGAGAACAACGUGCCGAUCGACACCAAGUACUACCUCGACAACCAGCUGGCGAAGCCUCUGGGCCGCAUCUUCGAGCCGAUCCUCGGCGAGACCAAAGCACGGCAGCUGCUGACGGGAGACCACACGAGAACGAUAUCGGUGGCGGCGCCGACGGUGGGCGGGCUGAUGAAGUUUGCCAAGAAGACGCAGACCUGCAUGGGUUGCAAGAAGCCGCUGACGGGCAAGCACGAGAGCGAGGGCGCCGUGUGCUCCAACUGCGCACCGCGGGUGGGCGAACUGUACAAGCGAACCUUGGACAAGAUGUCGGACCUCGAGGUGCGAUUCGGACGACUGUGGACGCAGUGCCAGAGGUGCCAGGGAAGCAUGCACUGCGAGGUCAUCUGCAGCAGCAAGGACUGCCCCAUAUUCUACAUGCGAAUGAAGGCGAAGAAGGACCUCGAAGAUGCCGGCAAGGAGCUCUCACGAUUCGACGCAGACCAGGCUGCGAUUUGGUGA